UGUAUAAACUUUGACUUGAGAACACGUUUCAUCUGCUUCCAAUGGAAAAGUCUUGAUCUUUGCAUUCACCUAACCAACCUUCUUCGCAUCUUCCCUAACUUCAAAAAGAUCUCUCCUUUUUAAAAAGGGCUAAUCAAAACCCUAAACCCACAACCCAAUUCGAUCUCUCUCUUGCAAUUCGAUUUGAAAACUGUAUGGAAGCGACGGCGUUAUCAUCUGGGCUUCGUCCUCUUCCCAACCCUAACGGUUACAGACUCUCAAGGUCAUGUUCUCAGAGAAAGUCUCUGCCUUUAGCUCGAUUCCAUUCAAAGGAGACACCUUUCAAAAAACCUCAAGGGUUGAGUUUCAAGACGAACGUGUUCGAGCAAGCGCAUCAUCCUGUAGCUGGAGACCUCUCUUACGAUGACACUACACGUUCUAGUGUUGCUGAGGAUAAGAUCGGUGUCUUGCUUUUGAACCUAGGUGGGCCUGAGACGCUUAACGACGUGCAGCCUUUCUUGUAUAAUCUGUUUGCAGACCCGGAUAUUAUACGGCUUCCUAGACCGUUUCAGUUUCUCCAAGGGGCUAUAGCCAAGUUCAUAUCUGUGGUUCGCGCUCCUAAGUCGAAAGAAGGGUAUGCUGCUAUUGGCGGGGGAUCUCCUUUGCGUAAGAUUACUGAUGAGCAGGCUGAUGCCAUUCGUUUGGCGUUGCAAGCUAAGAACGUUUCUGCUGAUGUCUAUGUUGGGAUGCGGUAUUGGUUUCCCUUCACUGAGGAGGCUGUUCAGCAGAUUAAGAAGGAUAAGAUUACAAGACUUGUUGUACUACCGUUGUACCCUCAGUAUUCUAUCUCCACGACUGGCUCAAGCGUCCGCGUUCUCCAAGACUUAUUCAGGAAAGAUCCAUAUCUAGCUAGAGUGCCUGUUGCUAUUAUAGAGUCCUGGUACCAGAGAAGAGGCUAUGUCAAUUCCAUGGCUGACCUCAUGCAGAAGGAGCUUCAAACUUUCUCUGAUCCUAAGGAGGUUAUGGUGUUCUUCAGUGCCCAUGGUGUUCCAGUUAGCUAUGUAGAGAACUCUGGAGAUCCAUACCAGAAACAGAUGGAAGAGUGCAUUGACUUGAUAAUGGAAGAGCUCAAAUCCAGAGGGGUUCAAAACAACCAUAUAUUGGCGUACCAGAGUCGUGUUGGGCCUGUUCAAUGGCUGAAGCCAUACACUGAUGAGGUUCUUGUCGACCUUGGUAAGAAUGGUGUCAAGAGUCUACUAGCCGUUCCAGUCAGUUUUGUGAGUGAGCACAUUGAGACGCUUGAAGAGAUAGACAUGGAGUACAGGGAGCUAGCUUUGGAGUCAGGGAUAGAGAACUGGGGGCGUGUUCCGGCCCUAGGUCUGACGCCAUCCUUCAUCACAGACCUGGCUGAUGCAGUGAUAGAGUCGCUUCCUUCAGCAGAAGCUAUGGUGAACCCAAGUGCGGGUGUCUCAGAAGAUAGCGAGUCAUCAGACGCUUUCGGUUACAUAAUGAAGAUGUUCUUCGGCUCGGUUCUAGCCUUCCUACUGCUUCUCUCUCCAAAGAUGUUCCAUGCAUUCCGCAACCAUCUUAUCUAAGAAGAAACCUAUUGAGAAUCUCUGGAUGAAUAGUUGGUUUUGUGUUGUUUUUUUUUUGUUUGUUGGAGAAAUGUCUUGGUCAAGUGUAAUGUAUGUAGUCCAAUCUAUUGAAGUACUAGCACACCAUCUCUAGUGAGAUGAUGUGGUUGAGUAGUUCAAUACAUUGGACUACAUAUAUUACUUUUGAUCAAGAUGUAAACUAGGUAAGGGAAAUAAUGAGGGAAGAGACAGGAUUCAUUUUGGUUUUUAGCUAUGAACAUAGUGCUGCUACGUUCCUCCUAGAGAUGAGGUAAAGGAAUAUAAUCUAUUAGUUAUUUUGGUU